AUGUCUAAUUCCUCUUCAUCAAGCUUCGCACCCGACGAACCUGCAUCCAUCAUAGCCUUGGAGAGGGUCAUCUUCAACGGUGCAGGGUUGGGCGCCGUGGCAUAUGGACUGAACUUGGCCUUGUUCGUCCAAUGCGUACCCCUGCUGUGGGCGCAACGGAAGAAAGAUCCAAAAUAUUCUUAUGCGGCACUCCUCUUCGUCGGUCUUAUCUUCAGCUUCAGCACCAUCGCCAACGGAAUAGCCAUGUUCAUGAACCAGCUGGCAUUCGUUGACGAUCGAAACUAUCCUGGCGGGCCCGCCGUGUUCGCUUCUGAGCAGGUGCCAAUCACCCAGAAUCUGAACCUGGUUGCGACGGCGUGCUAUUUCUUCAAUCAAUGGCUGCAGGAUGGGUUUCUGCUCUACCGGUUAUACGUUAUAGCUGAUACACUUCGGACAUGGAUGAUGCCUGUUCCCGUUCUUCUGUAUAUCGGGAGUAUCGUUUUAUCCUGCCUUCUUCUCGCCGAAUUGUCGCUUCCAACAUGGACAGCCCUAGGGAACGAUACAACAAUCACCUACUAUUCCUUCGUCGUAGCCCUCAACAUGCUCAUCACCUUGCUCAUCGUUGUUCGCCUGAUGUCCACUCGGGCAACCGUCCGCAAAUACCUGGGACCCGAACACGGCUCGCUGUACACCUCCGUCUCCGCAUUGCUGAUUGAGUCCGCCGUCCUCUACUCCGCAAUUGAUCUGGCGUUCAUCAUCACCUUCGCCCUCAACUCCAACGGGGCAUACAUCCUCCAACCGAUUGUUGGGCAGCUCGAGGCCAUCCCUCCCUUCAUAAUCGUCCUUCGCGUGGCGCAAGGGAAGGGGGUGACCCAGCAGACGAUGCGCAGCAUGCAAGGCACUCGCGCAGUUACUGGGACCAGCAUGCAAUUCGCGACUGCCGCUGUCACAACGAGGAAUGCCUCGAUGAACACACCGAUGACUGCCAAGGAAUCGUCCUUAGUCGUUGAAUCAACGGGGAUGUUAACCUUUGCGGAGACAAAGUAG